GUUUUGGGUCAUGGUUGUUCUUGGGUUGUUUCCGGUGGUUGUUAUGGGUGCUGAUGACACCAAGUUUGUGUUCAAGGGUUGUGCAGAUCAGAAAUUUCAAGACCCAUCUGAUGUUUACACACAGAACUUGAAUACCCUUUUAUCUACCUUGGUUUCACAGUCGUCUGAGAAGACUUUCUCGACAACGACCUCCGGUCAGGACCAGAGUGCCAUCACAGGUGCAUACCAAUGCAGGGGAGACCUCACCACGGACAAGUGCUCCACCUGCGUAAGCAAGAUCCCGAAAAUGAUUGAAAAACUCUGCGGCAAAUCGAUAGCAGCCCGGCUUCAACUCAACGGCUGUUACCUCGAGUAUGAAGUAUCCUGGUUCAAGCAGGUUGCAGGCACUGAGUUCCUGUACAAAGUUUGUGGGUCGUCUCAGGAGACCGGAAGUGAGUUCGAGAACAAAAGGGACACGGCGUUCAGCAUGGCGGAGGACGGGGUGAAGAACGGAAGUGGACUGUUCUAUACCGGAGACUACCAAUCGUUGUAUGUGUUGGGGCAGUGCGAAGGCGAUUUGGGGGCAAAUGACUGUGGAGAUUGCUUGAAAACCGCCUUCCAAAGGGUGAAAGAGGAGUGUGCAGAUUCAAUUUCUGGGCAGGUUUAUCUCCAGAAAUGCUACAUUAGCUACAGCUACUAUCCAAAUGGGCUUCCCAACAUAUCUUCAUCUUCUUCACCAGAUGCAGAGGGCAAGAAGCAGCAUACUCAGAGGACGGUGGCGAUUGCGGUGGGGGGAUUGGCGGCUUUUGGGUUUGUGGUCGUUUGUUUGAUGUGUAUUAAGUCGGUGAUGAAGAAGCAGCGUCAUCAACACCGUAGUAGCAAGUACGAUGGCUAGAAUUCACCCAAAGAAACAGACUUUCUCAUGGGUUUGUUGAUGAAGAUUUUGGCUAUAGGGGCUGUAUAGUUUUUCAUCAUCACACUUGGGAAAAAGAUUACUAAAUCAUUUAGUUUUUUAAUCAUUUAGUAGUGCUUACGUAUAUAGUUACAUUACUAUUGAAUAGAGAAUGUUUUUUCUU